UGAGCGACAGCAACAACAAUUAGUAACUUAAAGCGCGCGCGUUGUGUGUUCCAUUUCAGUUAAUUUGCUUGCUGUCAUUAUUUAAACGAGAGUUCUCUUUGUGUCUCAGCUUUUCAACGUUCUGUGUGGUAGUAAGAGGAAACUAAAACUUCAUUUGUGGGUGUUGCUGGUGGUGGGGGUGGUGGAUGAGGGCAGAGUAAAGAGCGGAGCUAUUGCGAAAACGAACACAGGCGUCAGCUUGCUGCGACGCAACGGAAUCGAUAUCGAUGGUACGCACCAAAAACCAAUCGUCCUCCUCCAGCGCCAGCAGUAGCACCAAGUCGCCGGUCAAGAUCAGCGCCAGCGUAGCGGGCGCUAGUCGCAGUCGCAGCUGCAGCGAAGCACAUAUUGAUGACAGUAAAUCCAGCCUAAAAGUCACGUCCAAUCGACAGCGUUCAACAGCGGUCACAACAACAGCAAUUUCAACGACGCCAGGGAGUUCGCCAGACGACGACACCACCGAUGCGGAUUUGACGCCAACUAGCGGUAGUUAUCCGCGCAGUGGCGGCUCGGUGCACAAACAAAAUCUUUACGUUGUUUCAUUUCCCAUAAUAUUCCUAUUCAACGUAUUGCGCUCGCUGAUCUAUCAGCUGUUUUGUAUAUUUCGCUACAUUUACGGCGCGAGCACAAAGGUGAUCUAUCGCAGUCCGCAUCGUCGUGACUGUAAUAUUGAAAUUGUUGUGCAGAACUCCAAGGAGCAGCAACCGCUAAAACCUUUGGCGGAUAUUGAGCAGCAGGCGCUAGUAUUGCCGCAACGUCAACGGCCCUUAGAGAUGUCAAGUGGACGCGCUGGAAACAGUGGCUAUUCGCCUGGACCAGGUGAUCCCUUGCUGGCCAAGCAGAAGCAUCAUCAUCGACGCGCCUUUGAGUAUAUUUCCAAGGCACUCAAAAUCGACGAAGAAAACGAAGGUCACAAGGAGCUGGCUAUUGAGCUAUAUCGCAAAGGCAUUAAGGAGCUGGAGGAUGGCAUUGCUGUGGACUGCUGGAGUGGUCGCGGCGAGGUCUGGGACCGUGCACAGCGAUUGCAUGAUAAAAUGCAAACGAAUCUCUCCAUGGCACGAGAUCGCCUGCACUUUCUCGCGUUGCGUGAGGAAGAUUUGCAAAUGCAACGACUGUCGCUCAAAGAGCAAAAGCAGAAACAACAGCAGCAGCAGCAGCAACAACAACAACAACAAAAGCAGCCACAGCUUAAAGAUAAGCAACCCAUGCUGCUUGGCACUACAGAGGCGUCAAAGCUUAGACUACGCAGCAGCGGCUAUGGACCAAAGCCCAUCAGCAACGCAAGCAGCAGCACAUCAGCUAAAGCCCCGCCAGCGGCUUCUGGACGUAAGUUAACCAUUGGCAACAAGCGUCCCGGCAAUCUGGCUGUGGCUAACAAGUCGCAAACGCUGCCACGUAAUCUAGGCUCCAAAACUAGCUCCACAGUGGGUGCCGCCGCCUUGCAACGUCAGCCUGGCAAGACAGCAGCCACGCCGCCUGCUGUGCGACGUCAAUUUUCUUCUGGUCGCAAUACGCCACCGCAACGAUCACGUACGCCUAUAAAUAAUAAUGCGGCUGGUGGCAGUGGCGCCAGCACGCCGCUGGUGAGUGUGAAGGGUGUGGAGCAGAAGCUGGUGCAGCUUAUACUCGAUGAGAUUGUUGAGGGUGGCGCCAAGGUUGAGUGGUCUGACAUUGCUGGCCAGGAUGUGGCCAAGCAGGCGCUACAGGAAAUGGUUAUACUGCCAUCCGUGCGUCCCGAGCUCUUUACGGGACUGCGCGCACCCGCCAAGGGACUGCUGCUGUUUGGCCCGCCUGGCAAUGGCAAAACGCUGCUGGCACGCGCCGUUGCCACCGAAUGCAGCGCCACAUUUCUAAACAUCUCGGCGGCGUCGCUUACCAGCAAAUAUGUGGGCGAUGGCGAAAAGCUGGUGCGUGCUCUCUUUGCUGUGGCACGGCACAUGCAGCCCUCGAUUAUAUUUAUAGAUGAGGUAGACUCUCUGCUUUCUGAGCGCAGCAGCAAUGAGCAUGAGGCCUCGCGUCGCUUAAAGACCGAAUUUCUUGUUGAAUUUGAUGGUCUGCCAGGCAAUCCGGACGGCGAUCGCAUAGUCGUGCUGGCAGCGACUAAUCGUCCCAAGGAAUUGGAUGAUGCUGCUCUGCGUCGCUUUACCAAACGAGUCUACGUCACACUGCCCGAUGCGAUAACGCGGGAGCUGCUGCUAAAUCGCUUGCUGCAGAAGCAAGGAAGUCCGCUGGAUACGGCUGCACUGGCACGUUUGGCCAGCAUUACGGAUGGCUAUUCGGGCUCCGAUCUAACGGCGCUGGCUAAGGAUGCCGCACUCGAGCCCAUACGCGAACUUAAUGUGGAGCAAGUCAAGUGUCUGGACAUUAGUGCCAUGCGUCCCAUUACAGAGCAAGAUUUUCAUAAUUCGCUUAAGCGCAUACGCCGCUCAGUGGCACCAGAAAGCCUUAACUCGUACGAGAAGUGGGCACAGGAAUAUGGCGACAUCACUAUUUAGUUUAAUACUUUGUUUCACCCACCCGAAAGAAAAAUACACAAACGAUGCACCCACUUGCCCAGCGCGGCCCCCUUGUCCACGGAGCACGCUUCUAUGUGAGUGUUGGAAUUUAUAUAUUGUUUUUUUCUUGGUACUGCGACUUUAGUUUUUCAUCGUUGACUCGUAUUUUUAUUUAAUGAAGAGUUACGCUUUUAUUCUUGUAGUUCUUAACUGUAUCACAAAAAUUCCAUUGCUGUGUUCUCGUUCUGUCUAUUUACGUAUAUUUAAGAACAUUGUAUGAAUUAAUUCCAAGUUUUUUUUCGGCUAAAUUUAAGUGAUUAGCUCACGAAAGAUUGUCACAUAUAAAUUGUACACAUUUAUUAUAAAACUUAUCAUGUAUUUUCUCUUUAAGUUUUGUUCAUAAAGUUGUAAGAAUUUUGUUCGUUAUUUUAGUAAAACUUUAAACUUUAAAAUGUUUCUAAGCGCUUUUUUGUAGUACAAUACAUUCCAAACUUGUUAAUGUAAGUUAUUUCUUAUACUUCCAUAGCUGUAUACGUAAAAUCAAAAACAUUUAUCUUUGAACUUGUUUCUGUUGUAAACUCAAUGCCAUUCACACAACCACCACCACCAUAAUCAUAAUGAAUUGUUUUAGAAAACAAACCCCAUCUAAUUACCAUGUAAUCAUAGCCAUUAAGCAUAGUUGUAAGAGAAAAGUGCAGCAGCAGCAUAAUAUACAUACAUAUAUAAUUUUAGUGCGCGCUCUCAACAUCAACUAGUUUUUAGUUCCUCAAAGUAUCUGUUGUACAAUAUAUCAACAGCUGGUUGUCCAUAGGCGUUUGUUAAAUAUCAGAAGGAGCCAACACACACAAAUACAUGUUUAAAUGCAUCUAGCGCUUAUUAUUUAUAGCAACGUUUCCUCUAUUAUUGUACGUAGCGUAAUUGCUAUUGAUGCUAGUAUAUUUAACAGCUUUAACUUACCUUGGUUUGUUCCUGCUAACAAACUAAUAAUUCACAAAUACCCAAAAAAAAAAAUAUACAAAGAUGAACUCUAAA